GCCGGACAGAAAGACUCUUUUCUCAAUGCAGGCUGGAGGAGAGGCGGCGCGGCGUUGUUUUGUCGCCGUGGAUUAAGUCGGCUUUGCCUUCGAGCCGACGUUUCCUCCGAGCACCAUGAGCGCGUCGGGGCUGCCUUGGAGCAUCGACAGCGGCGGGUCGGGGCUGCCUCCGCUGCCCAAGAGCCUGAGCGGCUUGUUGAAUUCUUCUUCCAGCGGAGGCGCCCCUGGCGGAGCCGGGGGGCGCUGGAGGGACCUGGAGCGGCUCUACGCGCAGAAGUCUCGCAUUCAGGACGAGCUGAGCCGGAGAGGUAGCGGCGGCGGCGGCGGAGGGGGGCGAGGAUCUCCUCGCCCGCCGAAGCCCCCUAACCUCGACGCCGCCUUGGCCCUGCUCCGUAAAGAGAUGGUUGGCCUCCGGCAACUGGAUAUGUCAUUACUGUGUCAACUCUACUCUCUUUAUGAGUCAAUUCAGGAAUAUAAAGGUGCCUGCCAAGCAGUAUCAAGUGCAGACUGUGCAUAUGCACUGGAAAAUGGCUUUUUUGAUGAGGAAGAGGAAUUUUUUUAAAAAGAAUAUUUCUUAGGAAAGCCUUUUUUUUUUUUUGGAGUGCAGCUGGAGUUGGCAGUUAAGAGAUGAGCAGUGUUUAAUUGGAACUCAAUGUACAUUCUUCCUUCUGCUCAAGAAGAAUUGCUCCAUUUAUUUCUGGCAUGCUGUUUAACCCAGGUUACACCAUUAUGUAAAUCCUGCUCUCGGAAAGAAAUGUGCAAUGAAUUUUGAAGCCUCCCAAAGCAUGCUUGACAGGUCACGUCAGUGUAAUUUGUGCACGGGGUGUUUCUAGAUGGCAGAUGUUGAAAGCUAUCUUUUUAUAAGCAGAAGCGUGUCACUGUACAUGAAAUCCACUUCAUCUCAAAUAUUCUGACAUGUAAAGUAUAUAGUUUGUGUGUUUGUAAUCACUGAAUAGAUCCCAUAAACAACACCUUUUUAAAGCCUCUUAUCUGAGGGAUUGGAGUUUUUCCUGUUCUAUACCCCAUAAAGGAUGAAUUCUGUAAUUCAGGGGUCUCCAACUUUGGCAACUUUAAGACUUGUGGACUUCAAGUCCCAGAAUUCCUCAGCCAGCGAAGCUGAAAUCCACAAAUCUUAAAGUUGCCAAGGUUGGAGACUCCUGGAACUUUAAACUACUUCCAAAGUUUUUACUUGGGUUGAUGAUCCAAUUCCCUUUCUUUCUUCCUAAUGUCAGAAUGACUUUUUUUUAAACCAAUGUAAUAAAAUUGUGUAAGCCUAUUUUUUUUUCUCAAAUGCAAUAAGAACAAAUCAAAGCAGUUCAUUCUACACCUUGCAGCUCCAUUAGCUUCCAUAACUUUAAUUUAGUUGUUCAUUAUCCAGUUAGUAAUUUAAGUUUAACAUACAUGGAUUUGCAGCAUCAUUUGUAAUACUAAAAUGUUCGGAAGACAAAUGGUCAAUUUGUUUCUUAUGGUCCAAAAAGAUCUUAAUAUGUAUGUUGUUAUAUACAGUUUUUUUUUGGGGGGGGGUUGUACUAUAACAAAUGAACAUUUAAACUGGAACUGUAAUUUGUUUAGCUUUUUCAUGGACAUGUAAUUUAGCACUUGGUGGACUAAAGUGAAUUCAGAAAUCCACAGCUACCUCACAGGAUGACGUUUAUAGGAACCCCAAGCAGAAGAUGGAAACCUCUGAACUGGUCUUGUGCAUAAUGGUCAGAACCUGAUUGGUUUCAGCUUCCUGGAAUACUUCCAUAAAUUAUAUAUGCAUCAGAAAAGUCUUUUGCCAUGUAGGAAUAUGACACCAUGUAAAUAACUGAUUUGUUUUCAGGUGGAAGACCUAUUUUAAGAUCUGAAACAUAUUUUCAACCUCGAAGAAGAAAAGUAAGAUGACAAAUAACAAAUCUUCAAGCAUGUUAACUUUGUGUCCAAAGGGAACAACAAAAUGUGUAAAAAGGACAAUCGCAUCCAUACACUUAUUGUAGCCACUUCUAUAAUAUAUUGUGUUGUUGUACUGUACAAUACGUCCAUCCGUUUAUGUGAUCCUGCCAGGUUUGUUACCAAAUACUUCUGUUCUCCUGCGCAGUGAAAUCUCUGCUUUCAAAAUCUAAGGAAUCCAACUGAGCACACCCACACACAGACAAAAAGAAUUGGCCUAUUGGGGAAAUGGAUGGCAUAUAAAUAUAAUAUAUAAAUAAAGAAUAAUAGCCUAGCAAGCAACCCAAACUCUUUUUGGAACUUUUUGGUUGUUUUUUUUUUUUACUAGCCUUAUUUUUUGUGCUGAUUGACUCCAUCAAUAAAACCAGAGAAAUUGGAGACUAGAUCCUUGUUGCUGAAAUCAAUUAUUUAGCAUAUGAUGGCUAAAAUAAAUGAUACAUUGGUUCUCUCGAUUAACUAUGGGUUGGCUUCCACUAAAAUCAUUGGGACAAAACAUAUCCAAUUUAGGCUGAAACCAAUCAAUGUAAUAAGGAUUCAAAUAAACAUCUGUUAUCCUCCAGA